AGCUGGCUUUCCCUUUUUUCUUGUAACAGUUGCCACUAUUCAGACAUCUAAUAAACCAAGUGAAUACUGGUUUACAAAGACGCAUCUGCAAGGAAAAUCCAACCAUUGGUAAAGAUGUCCUGCACUAUUCUGUAUCCGCUGCUGCUUCUGGUGAUAAUCUGUCACUGUAUGUCUGAGGUCCAGCAGGAAGAGAAGGGAUUGCAGACUGACAGGACUGAGCAUUUGAAUGUGGAGGAUAGCGGUGCUGGUUUGACUCCUGGUGAGUUUCAGCAACACUUUCUCACAGGGAUCCACACUGAGCUGGCAGAGCUGAGAUCUACUGUGAGGUCUCUGAAGAACAGACUGGAGGUCACUGAGGAACAUCUUAGGAGAAAAGAUUAUAAAGUGGCAUUUGCAGCCACACUUGGACCCAUUGGUCACGUUGGACCUUUCAACACUGAGAUCACUCUGGCUUACAAAGAUGUAUUUGUGAAUGAGGGAAGAGCUUACAACCCAACCACUGGUAUCUUCACAGCACCUGUUAAAGGCGUCUAUUUCUUCACUUUGUCUGGACAUAACCACUCAUCUAAACCUAUGGGCCUAAGACUCUUUAAAAAUGGACAACAGAUGGUGACUAUUUACAAUCAUCCUUUAGGUAACCGCUAUGACACAGGAACUAAUUCGAUCUCUUUGACUCUAAAAGAAGGAGAUCAUGUCUAUGUGCGUCUCCGGCAAAAUACAUGGGUCCUCGAUAAUGAAAAUGACCACACUUCAUUUGUUGGCCAUUUACUUUUUCCUCUUUGAUGGUCUUAUUAAAAUUCAAAAUACUUGUCAAGAAGUCUUAACUGCUAAAAAAGUCCGGAUUCACAUUACAGAACAUGUUCUUGU